AUCCUUUGAAGGAACUUCAGCUCAGGAGGAAGAUGAAAGAUAGUGUCGCUGAAGAACAUUUAUAUUUGGGUUUUUCUCAUCAGUACAGAGAUAGCAUCUUUCCUCUUCAUACAUCUAUUUCACUGUUUUUGCUAUCGUACUGUGACUGCAAAUUAUUCAAAAUUUUCUUAGUGCCGACUGGUGAAGAUGUGGAUGAUCAGUUUGUGACAAAAAACCUCCUUGGCGAUCUUGAGGUCCAUUUAAUCUCCAGAUGUCAGCUUCCAGUGGUUGUGCAGAGCUGCUGUUUACCUGCUGUUGUCGUGAAAGAUGGCAAGUUCUGCCGAGCUGGGCUUUCUGUUGUCUUAAGGCAUAUAAUACAGAAAACAUACGAAGCAGAUCCAUCUAAAAAGGAGAUUUUAGAACUCUUAGGCUUUAAGAAGACCUGUUUAAAAGCCUGUGCUGAAGUUAGCCAGUGGACCAGACUUUGUGAGAUCAGCAUACCUCUGGCUGUUGAAGGAUUUUUGACGGCGUCUCCUGAGCACUGUCAGACUAUUCCUCCUGACAUUUUACAGCUUGAAAGGAAGCUUGGAGAACCUGUCCGAGUACAUAAUGAUGACAAAAUUCGAAGGCAAAAACUUCAACAACAGAAGGCAGUUGCCAAGGCCGCAGUGCCUGUACUUGGUAAAGAAGCAACAGAGGAAGGAAAAACAGUGGAAAUGCAUGAACAUCCACUCCCAAGUUUGGAACUGAGCAUAGCUUUCUCCAGGCUACUUGUCCAGGAAGUAUCAGAUGCAGUCAACAGGGAGGCCCCUCACAUCAGGAGAACAAAAACCUCUGACCUUCCGCUUUUGGACCACGUUUUUGCAGAAGGGCUUUAUUUUACCUUGGCAGAUAUAGUACUUUUGCCAUGCAUCCAUCAGUUCUUGGUUUCCAGUAAAAAACAAGGCAAAAAUCUGGUAAAUUUGCCUCUGAUAUCCAGUUGGUAUCGAAGAGUUCAGGAAGUACCUGGAGUAAAGAAAGCUGCUGACAAAUGCAAUAUGGAGCUUCUCCAGCUUCCAGAGUUGAUGUCUGCUCCAGAGGAACAGCUGCAAGACUUCUCUUCAGUUGCUGAUGAAUUAGAAGAGGAGAAUGAAGACAGUCAUUUUAUAGGUGGUCCAAGGCCAACUAUGACUAAGUUAAUGGAAAAUGGUAUUGAAGCAAGGUUUUCUCCUCAUCCAUGCCCCAGCUGGACCCUAGACUGGACCAAUCUACCAUCUGCAGUCAAUCCUGGAGAAGGAAAGAUGUCUAGAGACCGGGCUCUGAGGAAGCAGCAGCAAUUGAAUAAUUUGGUAGCAGCGGUGACAAAGCUUGCUAAGCCUGGAGAUGUGAUUGUGGAUUUUUGCAGUGGAGGGGGCCAUGUUGGAAUUGUUCUUGCUUACAUGAUGCCAUCAUGUCAGGUGGUGCUUAUAGAAAAUAAGGAGUUGUCUCUGAUCCGUGCUAAAGACAGAAGUGAUGAACUAGGUUUGAAUAACAUUUGGUUCAUUCAAGCAAAUUUGGACUAUUUUAAUGGGACUUUUAACAUUGGGGUGGCUCUGCAUGCAUGUGGUGUGGCAACGGACAUGGUGAUCGAACACUGCAUCAAGGCACGGGCAGCCUUUGUUGUCUCCCCAUGUUGUUAUGGCUUCAUUCAAAACACAGUGAAGUUUAAAUAUCCACGAAGUCAUCAGUUCAAAGAAAUUUUGUCCUACAAGGAGCACAUGAUCCUUUGCAGAUUUGCAGAUCAGACAGCUGUUCAGCUUCCACCUGAACGCAGGCUAAUUGGAAAGCAGUGUAUGGGGCUUGUGGAUCUGGAUCGGGCAUGGGCUGCAGAAGAAUGUAACUACUCUGUCCAAGUUAUAUCUAUGGAGCCAGAGAGCUGUUCUCCAAAGAACAAUAUGUUUGUGGGCAUUCCUACUUAGAGUGUGAAACGUGCAUUUGAUUUGAAGUUGAACAUAAAUCUUCAGUGCAUAAUGACAUCCAGCAGAUACAAGCAUGGCUGGGAACCAGACAUCACGCAUCUUGAACCCAUUGCAUUCAGAAAAGGAAGCAGCACAAAAAAGUCUUAGAAAGUGAACUGCAUGCAGAGCAUCACAAAUUGUACUUGUAAUGUGUCAUUAAGCAACUUUUGGUUCUCUUACGGAGAAGUUUCUGGAUCUAACAACUGUACAUGGAAUCAUAUCCAUCUGUAAAGGUUUAGAAGGAAGUUGGUCUCAUUGAAGGAAAGGUGAUUUCCUUUUUAGUAAAGCUGUCUUGGCUGCUUCAAAAUUGCAUUCAUGGUCAAAACUGCAUUUGUGUUCAUAAGCAGAGCAGUUGUCAGCCAAUAAUGCAGAUCACUAGAGGAACAGAAAAGAUCAAAUUUAUGGUGUUGGUGAAGAAGGCUGUGCAACAGGUGGUGGCUUGACUUUGCUAAAGAAUUCCAUACUACUGUAGGAAGAUUAUUUUUAAUAAAAGUUCAUCAGAAUACUUUGGGCAUCAUUCUGCUUAUCAAAAAUGUAUUCUAACUUACCAGUCUUUUUUAAAAGACUUAAAAAUUAUCUUUAAAUAUUACACAAGGAUUCUGUAACCAGGCAUUUGAAAGUGUGUUUAGUUAAUGAAAGCAAACCCUAAUUAUCCAUUGACCAGAUAACGGGAGCUAGUGAUGAUGUCAGCGAAUGGAUACUUCAGUGCCACCUCUGCUAAUUGAAGCGUAUUGCUUCCCAUUCUUAAGAAACUUGCUGUCAGAAGAAAUUUUUAAGGACAGUUCAUGUGUCUAUAUACAUCAUCUUCAUUGAUUUUAUAUUCAGUUUAAAAUUUGAAUGAAGUUGCAGUUGUGGAACCAUUUGAAAAGAUCAACCACAGUCUUGUUACUGUAAAAUGAAAAUAAAUGUUCUUCUGUGCUCUGAUUAGUAGGCAGUGUUCUACCCUAAUUUAAAAUCAUCUGUUGACACUAACACAAUGGAAAAUAGCUCCUAAUGAGAUUUUUACUGCAUGUUUAUGGAUUUGAUACGUUUAUGAAUUUUGCCAUGGAUUAAUUUAAAUAUAUCUGAAGUUUGGCCAGUGUGAACAUACCUUCAGUGCAUGUGGCAAACAGAAUUACAAACAAUAGGUAUUGGAGGAAAAAAAAGGAUCCUGAAAUAUUUUAUUCUUCAUGAAACUUAUCUCUAAAAGACGUAAAUACUUGGUUUUUUUUUAAUGUGAAGACUGAAGGAAGCUGCGCACUUAUUUGGAAGCACAAAGGUGAGCAAGUAGGUAUGAAUUCAUACCUUUAGCCUGAGUUCUUCAGUAGAUAAUGAUGGAGUACUUUUUCUGCAACUUCUUAUAGUUACAGGAGUAACUGGAGGUGGGAAGAAUAUAUAGCAAAUACAAAAUACAUGGCAAUGCCAAUUGCCUCCAGGAUUUUUUCUUAUACUUGCCCAAAGAGAACUCAGUUUUUAAGACAGCAGUGUGUCAAGUCUGAACAUUAUUCAUGUUAAAUUGCUUUAUUUAGAACUCCAGAUACUACGUCUGGAGUGGGAAAAUGUCUCUUCAUUACUAUUUUGUGCUGAAGGAAGAACUCAUCAGAGUGAGACACCUGAUGCAAGCUUUGAUGCUGUUUACAGUAAGGAUUUUCACAAUGCUCUGCUCCAGGCAAUGGGUACCAAUAUGAGUGUUUUAAUUAUGGUGAUGUUGAAUAUUUGGCAUAGUCUGAUAUUAUGCAAUAAUAAAUACCUUUCAGUAGAGCAAAAAUCUGUGCUGUUACAUGCUUCAAAAUGUUACAUGUUUCCAUAUACAUAAAUGGUAUGGAAUUAAUAGAGCCUAGAAUUCCCUAAACA